UUCCCGCCGGAAGCGGCGCCCCUGUGGCGGCGCGGCCAUGCCGGGCAGGAAGAGCUCCAAGGAGAAGAAGCGGCGCCGCUCGCGUUCCUGCUGCCCGGAGGGAGCCCCGGCGCCGGACGGCAGCGACAGGAAGCGGCGGAGCACCGAGUCCAGCCACGGGGCUGCGGAGGAAACAAAAUGCAAUCUACUCUCUGGAGAAAAAGUGGAAGAAGCUGAACAACCCAGUGAUAUAGAAGAAGGAGGAUUAGAUCUCACUGUAUCACUCAAACCUGUCAGUUUCUACAUCGGGGACAAAAAAGAAAUGCUGCAGCAGUGUUUCUGUGUCAUAGGAGAGAAGAAACUACAGAAGAUGCUGCCUGAUACUUUAAAGAACUGUUCCAUGGAUGAAAUCAAAAGACUUUGCAUGGAGCAGUUGGAGCUGUUAUCUGAAARAAAGCUGUUGAAGAUACUUGAAGGAAGGAUUGGAGCUGAUUCUGAUACUGACGAGGAGGCAGAUGGAGGAGACAAGACUGGAGGUGAUUCAGUCAGUCAACAGGACAAUAGCAUAGACUCAACUUCUUCUCUGAGAGAAGACAGCAAGCUGGAAGGUCAGGAAUCAAAACAAGGCAAAGGAGAAGAUAGCGAUGUCCUCAGCAUAAAUGCAGAUGCAUAUGACAGUGACAUAGAAGGUCCAUGCAAUGAAGAAGAUGGCCCRGAUGUGCAAGAAAGCACUGUCAGAAGUGGAGCUGGUCAGAUAGAUGAYCUUCAGAAGGACAUUGAGAAGAGUGUGAAUGAGAUACUGGGAUUGGCAGAGUCCAGCCCGAAGGAGCCCAAAACAGCGACCUUAGCUGUUCCUCCAUCAGAAGAUGUUCAGCCAUCAGCACAACAGCUUGAGCUUCUGGAGCUCGAGAUGAGGGCCAGAGCUAUUAAGGCUCUGAUGAAAGCUGGUGAUGUGAAAAAACAGCCCUGAGACUGUUUAGAUUUAAUUUUCAGUAUUUUUUUCGAAGAAGCUGAUGUCUGUUCUCUUCAGUGCUACAGUUGGGUUGGGUGUGACAUUCCUCAUUCAGACUGCAUUAUGUAUGCUGAUCUGUGGUUCUGUUGUUUUGUUGCCUUUGGUUUAGUGCUGCUCCCGUCACAUGCACAAAUGGAGGUUGAUGCUUCCUUGAGAUGAGGUGUCCUUGUGAAGGGUCACCUCCUCAAGGACUCACACAAAGUAUAGACUGUGCCAGGAACCCGAUGCCUUCCAGAAAGGUUGUUAUAGGAACUGAGUCAUAGGAUGGUUAUGGUUGGGAGGGAUUUGAGACAGCGUAUUUCUCCUUGGGGCCCCAUCGCAUCGUAGUGUAGGUAAUUAAAAUGUGAUGAUUUGUUUAAAAGUAUACUCCAUUUUUUGAACUUUGAAUUCCUGAAGGGAAGGAUUUUUGCCUUUCAAACAAACAAUUGAACRUGUUAUUUUCAGAGUUAUGAAAGUGCCUGAAAGAGAAAGAGUUUUUACGUUGUCAUUUAGUUUAGUCACUCUUCUCCGCUCUUAUCUUUUGUGCUAUAACUGAAGUAAAGAAAGCAGUUUCUUCCCAACUGUGAAGCUUUUCUUUUGAAUAUUYUGCAUAAUAUUUAGCAAAUCAAACAGUUGAGAAGACCUUGAGCUUUCAGCAUUCAAUGGAUGUAGUCAUUUUAUGUCCCCUGUAAGCAGGAAAAUCCACCUAAUUUCAGUGUUUUUUUAGAAAAGACAUUUAAUUUAUUUUGGAGGCUUUAAAAUAAAAAUUCUAUUUUUAUCCGCUACAAGAUAUUCCUUUAUAAAUUAUUUGAAUUUUGGGAUUAGUUUUCAUCCUAUACUGUCUUACAAUUAAAAUUAAUUUUUUUUUAAUUAGUGCUAGUUUUAUAUCUGGCUGCUAAUCAAAGCAUAUUAAAAUAUUUGUGUGUUUGUUUACACAUGCAGAUAUCUGUUUCUUUUUUUAAAGGUAUGAAGUUUACAAUUGUAAAGGAAAUUUUUUUACAAUUGUUAAGUAAAAUGAUGUAUUAUGUAUUUUAAUUCAUGAAUUUUGCUUGGGAAGCCAGUUACAUACUUYGCAACAGUAGCAGAGAUAAUUUCCCCGUGCUAUUUUGUAAUACUACUGCAAAUCUUAUCCUGUUCAGAAUCCUCAAAUUCUUUUAAGGUUUGUAAUUUUCGUCUAUCCAUUUUAUUACUCUUCUUCUUUCUCUUUAUUCUCUUUAUUCUCUUUCUUUUUUUCCUGUUUCCUUUUAAACCCUUUUCUGUAGCAAACUUCUUGUAUAUUUCUUGAGUAUGAUUGAUUUCCUCUAGAAUUAACAGCUUUGUUAAAUGUUAGUGYAGUGUAAAUUUGAUAAUAAACUAUAAUGUUUGUUAAAUACAGCUGRGAAAAUUACGGUGUGCAUUCACUAAGUGAUGGCAGUGACCCACGUAAAGUACACCUGACUGCAGUGUUAUCCACAGCAUCAACAUUUUUUCUAUUAUAUUUUAGCAAAUAGAGGAUGUAAGUUCGCAUAU